AGGUAUUUAGGUGGGUUGUUGGGUGGGUAAUUAAUGAUAGUUAAUGGUGGUGCUUUAGUUGUAGCUGCUGUCACUUUUUACCACAUUAAUUGUAUAAUUCUGACUUUUGUUGCUGCCUCAAGCUUUUACCCUCAACCCCCUGCCCCAUCUGCCCCAUUAUAUAAGGUGGAGGGAGGGCAGAUUGUUUGGGGGGAUUUUCUUAUGUUUCUCAGAAAGUCUCAUCUCUCAGAUGUGGUGUUUAUGUUGCUGACUGAACAACACAUUUCUCCAUCGUCAUCAUUAUUAUUAUCAUCAUCAUCAUCAUCAUCAUCAUCAUCAACAACAACAACAUCCUCUCCCACUCUCUCCAUCUCUAAAAGCUUUGCUUAUCGAUUUGCGCGCGCGCGCGUGUGUGUAUGUGUGUGAGCGCGCGUGCGUGCGUGCAUCAUUAUUCUCGAGCGAGAGACUGAGUGGAGAAAACCCCGCGGUGCCGCCCGGUCUGAGCUCGUGCUCCAUCAUCUUUAUCUUCUACUUCUUUUUCUUCAUCACCGCUGCUGCUGCCGCUUCUUUCUCGCUGUCAGCAUCAGUUCUCUCUCACGCGCGAGCUCUCACCCUGCAGCAUCGGCGGCGUAGAGGCGCGCGCGCUGCGGAGAUUCCGGUUGUCGCACGCACGCGGUUAUAGAAGACUGGCGAUCCGCUCGGUCAAAGAAGGAGGAGAAGAAGAAGAACGGAGGCCGCAGUCACGCGCUGAUUCAGCAGCAUGCACCGGGGCUGAGGACGCGCCAACCGGCCGCACGAGCCUUUCCGUCUUCUUAUUUGUGAUCAGCGCGCGGGCAGGGAGCUGCGCGCGCACGUGUGUGUGUGUGAGUGAGAGGGAACAUGGCCUCGUCGUGCAGCAGUUCGCCGGAGGGAGGAUCCCCGCCGCAUCAGGGCCGCGUGCGCCAGUCGGACAGUAACACCAGUUUCUUGAGAGCAGCCCGAUCUGGAAAUGUUGACAAAGUUCUGGAGCUUCUGAAAGGAGGACAAGACAUCAGUACCUGUAAUCAGAACGGGUUGAAUGCUCUUCAUCUCGCUGCUAAAGAAGGCCAUGUGGAGAUGGUGGAGGAGCUGCUGGAUAGAGGAGCAUCUGUAAACUCUGCUACCAAGAAAGGAAACACUGCACUCCACAUUGCCUCGCUAGCGGGGCAGAGGGAAGUGGCGAGGCUGCUGGUGAAAAGAGGGGCAGAUGUGAACUCCCAAUCACAGAAUGGCUUUACUCCACUCUACAUGGCUGCUCAGGAGAAUCACCUGGAUGUGGUGCGCUACCUUCUGGAGAACGGAGGAAACCAAAGUACAGCCACUGAGGACGGCUUUACCCCGUUAGCGAUCGCUCUACAGCAGGGUCAUAACCAGGUCGUGUCUCUGCUUCUGGAGAAAGACACAAAAGGGAAAGUGCGAUUACCUGCACUGCACAUCGCCGCCCGCAAGGACGACACCAAGUCUGCUGCACUGCUGCUCCAGAACGACCACAACGCUGACGUCCAGGCUAAGAUGAUGGUGAACAGGACAACUGAGAGUGGCUUCACUCCACUCCAUAUUGCUGCUCAUUACGGCAAUGUAAACGUUUCUACACUGCUGCUGAACCGCGGCGCCGCUGUGGACUUCACCGCCAGGAAUGGAAUCACUCCUCUGCAUGUGGCGUCUAAACGUGGAAACACCAACAUGGUUUCUCUGCUGCUGGAUCGAGGAGGACAGAUCGAUGCUAAGACCAGGGAUGGAUUGACUCCACUACACUGUGCCGCUAGGAGUGGUCAUGAUGCAGCUGUGGAGAUGCUGUUAGAGAGAGGAGCUCCGAUACUCGCACGGACCAAGAAUGGGCUGUCCCCGCUGCACAUGUCUGCACAGGGUGAUCAUGUGGAGUGUGUAAGGCACCUGCUGCAAUAUACAGCGCCAGUUGAUGAUGUCACUCUGGAUUACCUCACAGCUCUGCAUGUCUCCGCCCACUGCGGCCACUACAAAGUCACUAAACUACUGCUGGACAAGAAAGCUAAUCCCAACGCACGAGCUCUGAAUGGCUUCACUCCGCUGCACAUUGCCUGUAAGAAGAACAGAGUGAAAGUGAUGGAGCUGUUGGUGAAAUACGGAGCCUCCAUUCAGGCCAUUACUGAAUCGGGUUUGACUCCUAUCCAUGUAGCAGCGUUUAUGGGUCACCUGAAUAUUGUGCUGUUGUUGCUACAGAAUGGAGCUUCACCUGACAUCUGCAAUGUCCGGGGAGAGACAGCUCUGCACAUGUCAGCGAGGGCUGGGCAGAUGGAGGUGGUGCGCUGCCUUCUGAGAAACGGAGCUCGUGUGGAUGCAAUGGCCAGAGAAGGUCAGACCCCUCUCCACAUUGCAGCGAGGUUGGGUCAGACUGAAACAGUGCAGCUGUUGUUGCAGCACAUGGCAGAUCCUGACGCUGCAACCAACAACGGAUACACACCUCUACACAUCGCCGCCCGAGAGGGACACACACACAUCAUCUCUGUACUGCUAGAGGCUGGAGCUACACACGCACUUACCACCAAGAAAGGAUUUACUCCUCUGCAUGUAGCAGCGAAGUAUGGAAGUCUGGAGGUUGCCAAACUCCUGCUGCAGCGCAGAGCUCUGCCCGAUGAAGCUGGGAAGGAUGGUCUCACUCCCCUUCAUGUGGCAGUUCACUAUGACAAUCAUGAGGUUGCACUUUUGCUGUUGGAUAAAGGAGCAUCACCUCACAGCACAGCCAAGAACGGUUAUACCCCACUCCACAUUGCAGCAAGAAAGAAUGAGCUGCAGUUAGCACGAGUGCUGUUGCAGAAGGGGGCGGAAUGUGGAGCUACAACACGGCAGUUAAUGACCCCACUUCACCUUGCUGCCCAGGAGGGACAUGACCACAUGGCCGCACUACUGCUGGAACAUGGAGCUAACGCCAAUGCUAAUGCAAAAAAUGGUCUUACUCCACUACAUCUCACUGCUCAGGAGGACAAAGUGAAUGUGGCUGAAAUUCUUGUUAAGCACAGUGUAAACUUAGACCACCCAUCAAAACUGGGCUACACCCCACUCAUCGUGGCCUGUCACUAUGGAAACGUGAAGAUGGUGAACUUCCUGUUGCAGCAUGGGGCAAAUGUGAACUCCAAAACUAGAAAUGGAUACACACCCCUUCACCAAGCAGCUCAGCAGGGAAACACACACAUUAUCAAUGUUCUGCUUCAUCAUGGAGCAAAGCCUAAUGCUAUUACUAUGAAUGGCAACACAGCUCUCUCUAUCGCUAAGCGUCUUGGCUACAUCUCUGUGGUGGACACACUGAAGGUCGUCACUGAGGAGGUCAUCACCAUGACGACUAUGGUGACAGAGAAGCACAAACUGAACGUUCCUGAGACAAUGACUGAAGUUCUGGAUGUUUCUGAUGAGGAAGGUGAGGACACAAUGACGGGAGAUGGAGGUGAGUACCUGAGGGCCGAGGAUCUGAGAGAGCUGGGAGACGACUCACUGUCCGGACAAUUCCUGGAUGGCAUGAGCUACCUUAGCCAUAAUCUGGACAGGGCUCAUUACACUCCAUCUCACCUGGGAUAUCAGAGAGAUGGGGUUCUUAUCGAUGUGUGUGUGUGUGUGUGUGCGCUCCAGGUAUCAAGUCUGUCCAGAGUGAAUGAUAAAGACUCGUAUCGUUUGAGCUGGGGAGCUGAACACCUGGACAACGUAGUACUGACGAACACACUGCUGCAGUCAGGCUUCCUGGUGAGUUUCAUGGUGGAUGCGAGGGGCGGAGCCAUGCGUGGUUGCCGUCACAAUGGCCUCCGCAUCAUCGUCCCACCCAGGAAGUGUUCAGCUCCUACACGCGUCACCUGCAGACUGGUGAAGAGACACCGUGUGGCCACAAUGCCCCUGGUGGAGGGAGAUGGAAUUACAGGACGUAUCAUAGAGCUUGGCCCUACCGGAUCACCUUUCCUCGGGAAGUUACACCUGCCUACAGCUCCACCUCCUCUUAAUGAAGGAGAGAGCCUGGUGAGCAGAAUCCUGCAGCUUGGUCCACCAGGAACCAAAUUCCUUGGGCCGGUGAUCGUGGAGAUUCCUCACUUUGCAGCUUUGCGUGGCUCUGAGCGAGAACUCGUGGUUUUGCGCAGUGAGACAGGAGAGAGCUGGAGAGAACAUCACUGUGAGCACACUGAGGAGGAACUCAACCAGAUCCUCAAUGGCAUGGACGAGGAAUUGGACUCACCUGAGGAACUGGAGAAGAAACGUAUCUGCCGCAUCAUCACUCGGGAUUUCCCACAGUUCUUUGCAGUGGUGUCUCGUAUACAACAAGACAGUCACCUGAUUGGUCCAGAGGGGGGAGUUCUCAGCAGCUCAUUGGUUCCUCAGGUUCAGGCUGUGUUUCCUGAAGGAGCUCUGACCAAGAGGAUUCGCGUCGGACUACAGGCUCAGCCAAUAGGGCCCGAGGUAGUAAAAAGGAUUCUGGGUAAUAAGGCGACGUUCAGCCCAAUUGUUACUCUGGAGCCUCGGAGGCGCAAGUUCCAUAAACCCAUCACCAUGACGAUCCCCAUUCCCAAAACCUCCACCAAUCAGGACAGCGGCAUGCCGGGGGAGACACCCACCCUGCGCUUACUGUGCAGCAUCACCGGAGGUACCACCCCAGCGCAGUGGGAGGACAUCACUGGUUCAACUCCUUUAACUUUUAUUAAUCAGUGUGUCUCCUUCACCACCAACGUCUCAGCUCGGUUCUGGCUGAUAGACUGCCGUCAGUCUCAGGAGUCGGUGGUGUUCUGUGCGCAGCUCUACAGGGAGAUCAUCUGUGUUCCCUACAUGGCCAAGUUUGUCAUCUUUGCUAAAACACUGGACCCUAUUGAGGCACGUCUGCGCUGCUUCUGCAUGACCGACGACAAGAUGGACAAGACUCUGGAACAGCAGGAGAACUUCACCGAGGUGGCACGUAGCCGAGACGUGGAGGUUCUCGAAGGAAAACCCAUUUUUGUGGAUUGUUUUGGAAACCUUGUUCCUCUGACGAAGUGUGGACAGCACCAUGUCUUCAGCUUCUACGCCUUCAAGGAAAACCGACUGGCUCUCUUCAUCAAGAUCCGUGACAGUGCACAGGAACCGUGUGGUCGACUUUCAUUCACUAAAGAACCGAGAACGUACCGCAGCCUGAACCACAAUGCCAUCUGCAACCUGAACAUCACACUGCCUGUUUACUCGAAGGAUUCGGAUUCAGACCAGGAUCCUGAUGAAGAGAGUGAGAAGACACAUGAGAAAUAUGAGGAUGAAACCGAAUCAACAGAAUUCUCCACACUGCACACACACAUGGUUCACGAUCCAGCGACGCUCGCCAGUCCCGACCUUCUCUCAGAUGUCUCAGAUAUGAAGCAGGACCUUAUCAAAAUCUCUGGCUUCCUGACCACUGAGGUUUCCGAGACGUCCCUGGUGGACGGAUUGAAAUACUGUGUAGAUAAUGAGGAUGAAGAAGAGCCGUUUGAAAUCGUUGGAAAGGUCAAAGAGGAUUUGGAGAAGGUGGGAAAGAUCCUAAGUGUUGGAAAAUCUGGCAAAGACACAGAAAAAUCGAAGUAUAGUGAGAAAGAGACUACCGGAGAGAAAAGCCAGCUGAUCGAGCCUUUACUUAAAGAGGUCAGAAUCACAAGAGCCACCGAUCGCAGUUCUGCUCCUCUAAAGGACGCGUCUGAAAUGGUUUCACAUCUCGCUACAGAUCUGGAGAGUUAUCUCCAGCAUCUUCCUGUAACUGCUUACCCUGACCAAGAAGACACUGUUGUGGAAGAGGCAUUUACAGAAGUUGUGCUACCUCAGAAACGUCAUCCUCCACGAAUCAAAAAACCUGCAAGGAAGAAGCUGAAAGAGAGAGAGUUUGUGAGCUGUAGCUCUGAAGAUGAACUAGAGAGGAUGAGUUCUGAGGAAUCACUCGAUGGAGACACACUCCUCGGAGACUUCGAGCCUGGAGCCCCACCUGUUUCUCCUAAAAUCGUGGAGACUCCCAUUGGGUCCAUUAAAGACAGAGUUCAAGCACUUCAGAAGAAAGUGGAAGAGGAGGAGAAGGAGGAAAGUGUCAAAGUCAGAGAGGUGAGACGAGUUACUGCUGUUCAGAGCAAAGUUUUCCUGGCCACAAGAGAACGAGAAGAACAUUACACUCCACCUCCUAAAUCUCCCAAGUCCCCUCGGUCUCAGAGUGAGAGAAUAGAGCACUCCAUGUCUGUGAAGGAGCUGAUGAAAGCAUUUCAAACAGGACAAGAUCCAUCAAAAAGCAAAUCUGGACUGUUCGAACAUAAAGCAAUCAUUAAUCUGGUGGAUACAUCUACACCACAUGCUUCUGAGGAAUCAAAAGAGAUAUCUGACCAACAAACCUCAACAAUUCAACCUUCAGCAGAAGAGAUCAAUUCUCAAAGCAUGGCUGGAGAAUCAUCACUAAUCAUCUAUGAUCAAAGUUUACAAAAUGUAGUGAUUAGUGAUGAAAUUAUACAUGAGCACACAGAAAUAACAUCAGAAGAUCCUCCACACACUACUGUGGAUUUUUCACUCAGCAACAUAGUCUCCUGGAGUUCCAGUCAAAUGCAGAGUAAAAACACAGUGAUUAGUGUGAGAGAAGAACUAUACAGAGCACCAGAUCACACAACUGGUGAGCAAGAAGAAACUUCAAAUAUCUCACCAGGUUAUGAGGAAGAAGGUAAACAGGAGGCAUUUUUCAGUGAGGUUAAAAUCAAGGAAAAUAAAGAAUGCUCCGAGGAAUUGAGUCCAGAGAAAAUACAAGCUAAAGACUCAACCAUUACUUUUGAAGUGUGGCAUCAUGAUGAAGAACAGUAUAGUCCUGAAAUACUGCACUAUAAAAAACUAAGCACCAGCCAUGAACGGAGAACAUCUGAAGAACCACAGAUUAGCCCAAACCGGAAACCUUCUGAAGACUUCAGCGCUGUUAUCAAAGAAGAACUUGAGGAGAAUCCAGAGUAUCAACUUUUUAUCAGGGCAACAGGUCAGUCAGCCAGGAGCUUCACAUCAUACACUGAAACUCAUAUUAUACAAGAUGAUGAUCAGCUGGAGCAUACCACUGUGGAACACCAUUUAUGCAAACCAAAGCCAGCAGUCAGAUUUGCUCCUGCAGUAGUCCAGGGUGAGCUCGCAGGAGGAGAUACAACUCGUAUUAGUUUCAGGAGCAGGACUCUUAAAACAAGUUCAGGAGAGUAUGAAGCUUUUGAAGAAGAAACUGCACAAACAAGUCCAGAAACUCUCAUCGUAAAGGACAGGGUUAAUUCACCCACAGAGCCAGAAGACCAGCCUGGGGACAAGAAGAGUGCAGAGCAGACACCAGAGACUGGAAGUCCAACCAAAACAAGUCCACGGAGUCUAAGUCCAGUCCAUGCAGAGCUGGAGUUCAUGCAAACGUCACUCACAGAAAUCAAAAGCCAAGAUCAGACAGAUCAGGAGAUCAGUUCUCAGCUUAAAAGAGAUCAGUGGAGUCAGGAUAUGUUCAGUGAUGAAGAUUCCUUUGUAGAACAUGCUGAAUCUGAUCAAGUUCAGGAAAUAUACCAGAUGUCGUGUAGACCACAUGACCUGGUAGAAUCACAGCCUGUAACAAUAAGUGACCUUAAAACUUUCUCACCUGAGCUUACACCUGAUCCAGAGGAUCUCUCUUCUCAGAAGUCUCCUGAACCUGUGCAUGUAUCAUCCACAGAAAUCAAAAGUCCACGUCAACCAGAGCUUGAGAAAAGCCAUUUACACGAGACAGAGGAAGAAGAUCAGCAUGUGUACAUAACUACAGUGGAAAAGGCAUUUUUUGCAGAAACCGAAACACAAGCUCAUGCAGAGGAACAAACUACUUCAGUUCAGAACCUGGUUGUUGAUUAUGAAUCUUCUGUAAGGGAGGAAACUGAGCACAUUCAAGGAAUUUCAUCUGAGGAAUUUCAGAACCUGCCUGUUCCCACAUUCUCUACAUCCUUAUUCAUUAAUAUCUUUGAUGACGCUACUUGUAAAUCUCCUGACUCAGUGGAAACCUCAUCCAGAGAAAUUGAAGUUCCUGUCCAAACAGGUUUUGACGGGACAGAAGAUGAUAAUCAGCUUGAAAAUAAGACUGCAGUAGAGAGAUUUUCAUCCAGUGAAAUCCAAACACAAAUUCAGACAGUAGAAGUAGAUUGUCCAGUUCAGGAUCUGGACCAGUUGACGUAUCAGGAUUGUGAGCUUAUUGAAAUGACACAAACUCGAGAUAUGUAUGAGAUUUAUUCUGGGGAAACACAUUUACAGGAGAAUGAGGUGGAAGACCAGCCUGGGUUUCUGACUCUAGAGGAAAAGUCACCUUCAAAAAGUCCAGACCAAACAGAACAGGACGUAAAUGCCGCGGUUGAAGAUGAGACAGUUUCUCCAGUUAAAGAACCAAAACAAAAUAUAGGAACUGAUGUUUACUCUGUAGAAACUGCUCUUAGACCAGACAAUUUAGGAGACCUACAUCCUGUAACGAUGAGCGAUCCUAACAGCGAAUGCCAAGGAGACUCGCUGGAGACUACACCUUUAAAAGAGGAUUUAUCUUCUAAUAAGUCUCCUGACUCCAUCGAGCCAAGUCCAGUCAAGGAAUUUCCAUGUCUUGACUCUUUAGAGACAAGUCCCACAGGUCUGAGAGCAGACUCCAAAAGUCCAACUUUAUUCUAUCAAACCAGCAAUGACUUACAGAACAUCCAGGCUGCAGCCAACCUGCUGGAAAACCCAGAGCUGGAAAUUAGUGUUGAAAUGAUUAUCCAAAGAGAAGCUGAGAAGAAAGUUGAAAAAUGCAAUGAAAUGAAGGAUCCUGAAAUGGAGAUGUUUGAGUCCAACAUUUCUGUAGGACUUAUAAAGCAGGAUGUGGUGAUGUCAGAAGGAAUGUUAAUCCAAAAUGAGGAUAAUGCAUUAAACAUGUCUGAUGCACAGGAGCCAUCAAUGGCUUUACAGCAAACUCUAGAGGGAAGUGAUGAGGAAGAACAGGAGAUCAGUGAAGUAAAAAAGCAGUUCACACCUGAGGAAAAGAUGUUCAAGAUGGCUGCCAAAAUCCGGGUCUUUGAUGAAAUUGAAAAGGAUACCAAAACGAGAAAGGUUAGAUUCGAUUUUAGCCAGGAGACAGAUGAUGAGCUGAAGAAGCAGGAAGAAGAGCUUCAUUCCCAUCAGGAAAGUCAGCUUUAUAAUGAAGAUGAGGACACACAGCAGUGUGGACACAAACUCAGUCCUGUGUUGUCUUCAUAUCAAGAGUCAGAGCAGUGUGAUGAAACAUCACUCACUGGACUGACACACGAGGAACCUGAACAAGCUCUGAGUGAACGUCAGGUUUCCGAGUGCUCUUACAGCUGUGAGUCUGGCGCUCCAGAUAUUGGUGAGAUGGAGAUUGAAAUGUUCCCUAUGCAAAUUCACAUUGAGAGAAAGGAGCUGAGCCAUGCCGAGUUUCCUCCCGAGUGCCUUAGUGAAGAAGAUGCGACUGACUCGAUAGUGACUUUUCCUGAGGAUUCAGCUGCGAUCUUCAGAGAAAACAAACUUGAUAGCACCUCUGACAUGCAGUGUCACAUCACUGAUGAGAAACCAGUAGACACUGUGUGGCCAGUAAGUGAUGAGGACACUACAGAGGAACAUCAGACACACUCGUAUUGCAAUGAAGAGGAUCAUGAAGAGAAAUCAAAACAAAUUUCAGAACAGAUUCAGAAAGAUUUAGAUCCUUGGAGUGCAGAGAUGGAGGAGGAGGAAGAGGAGGAGGAGGAUGAAAGCAUGAACUCACAGAUUGAGACUAAAGAGCAGAAGGUUUGCUCCCAGACCUCAGACACUCAGUCUCAGGGAUCUACACCUGAAAUGCCUCCUACUCGUACACCUACAGAAAAUGGGCAACCAAACCCAUUCCUGUUCCAGGAGGGGAAACUGUUUGAAAUGACAAGAGGUGGUGCUAUAGAUAUGAGCAGGAGGAGCAUGGAGGAAGAGCAGGAUGGAUUUGUCUUUUUUCCCAUAAGUGAACAUCCAUCCGAGGGCACUCAGGAUCAGGUCAUGGAGAGUCCAACAGAAUCUGGAACAUCACUAGAAAUUUCAUUUGAUUUGAAAAGUGAAGAUUUCCCUCAAGCUGCUUCUGUUGAGUCGGUGGAGUCUAGAGAUUCAGAAGGCCCAAAGGAGAAAGAUCUGAGAUUUGAUUCACCACCAACAGAACUUGAAACAACCACGUCUACAGUGACCCGGUCCAUCUACUCUGAGCAGGAUCUGGAGUCAUCGGAUUCUUCAGCAGAGGAUGAUCAGCACUCAGUUAUUGAAAUUCCUUCUCCUACUCAAGAUGAUAUUUUGCUCUCCAGUGGAGAGACAAAGCAGUUAUCAUCACACUCAUCUCUCAGCUCACCCAAAGAUCCUCCUGCAGAACCUCAGAGCAGGAACCCAAAGUCCAAGAUUCCAGUAAAAGCCAGCAGCUUUGAUCAUGUUUUGGGGAAAGGUGACUCUACUGAGCAAAAACGAAGGCCCAAGUCAGAAGCAGACGUUAGUGGCAUUCCUUCUUCUUCAGCCAAACCAAAGACUCCUGUAUCCAAAAUCCCUGUGUUUGUAGAUCAAACAUCAUCAGCUACACUUCAUUCACUACAAACUCAACACAUUAAUGAAGGUGGAGAUUCUGAAAAGUCUCCAGAUGAAAAGGACAGUCCUCGAGUUGUCCUGAAUGAAGAGAGAAGAUCCACACAGUUCCAAACCCCCUCUUUAGGAGAGGACAUACUUGAAACCAGACCAAACUGGGAGGACUGUGUAGAGACACAGAUGCAGCGACUCUCAGACAGCAGUAGUCCAGAUCAGAGUCAAGUGGACUGGAACGAUGAUGCUGAUCGUAAAGAGGAGAUUUUGUCCAUUAUUGCGGAUCUUCUUGGGUUUAGCUGGACAGAGUUAGCUAAAGAGCUGGAGUUUAAUGAGAAUGAAGUUCAGCUGGUCCGAGCUGAGAACCCGAAUUCACUGCAGGAACAGAGUUCUGCUCUUCUACAGCGCUGGACUGAGCGUGAGGGCAAACAUGCCACAGAGGACUGUUUGAUAAAGAAACUGACUAAAAUAAACCGCAUGGACAUCGUCCACCUCAUCAAGACACAACUCAACAAAUCAGUCCAGGAACAAACGUGCAGAACAUACGCUGAGAUCGAGAAGACACUGGACCACAGUGAAGCUCUGUCCUCAGUGCAGGAGGUCAGUCCUCGGAUGGUGAGGCGAGUGGACGUUUCCCAGAAGCCCCCAGCUGCAGUGUCGGAGGAGGACCUGUCAGUAGCCUCACUGCUCGACAUUCCUUCCUGGGCGGAGCCUGUAGGCCACACCCACUCUGAGAGUAUCCAUGGAGACAUGCUAGAGGAGCUUGAGAUCCCACAAGAAGCGUGGCCGAGUCAAGAUGGUGAAGGGGACGUGACACACACACCUCUACACACCGCAGCUAAUGGAGAAGCUGACGUUCCUCCACAGACUGAAAAACUGGAUAAACGUGAAACCCCCAACAUUACAUCGCAGGUGAAUCAGAAGACAGUGGUCACACGGUGCGCAUCAGCGGAGGAGAGAACAGAAGGCCGUAUUCAGUCUCGAGCAGUAAAGAGAGCAGUGGUGAAGAGCGACGGGGAUGAGACAGAGGUGCUCUUUUCUGAGCACAGCAAGGAUGCUGAGGUUGAACUCGUCACUGAGACGGUCAGUGAGACGGUCAGUGAGACGGUCAGUGAGACGGUCAGUAAGACUGUCGGUGAGACUAAAAAUUAUUUAGAAAAAACUCACCUUGACACACAUCUGGCCAAUGCCCACGAUGGCAUCACACAGAGUGAGGACGAAGAACAUGAGUUAUCUGAAGUGCACUUCACUGACGGGUUCGGGACGGAAGACGCAAAAGUAUAGGAUGUGAAUAUAACCUCGGUUAUCAUCAUAACAACGACUUUCAGCAUCACAUGGCUUCAUGUAGAGGGAUAAUGAUGAAUCUGUCCUCUCUUUUUUCCUCUUCUCUUUCUGCACUAAGAAUGCUUAAGCAAUCCCAGAAUGCACCUCUCUCUUCCUCCUUAAUUCCUGUUUUAUAGGUCUUCCUGCUUUCACAUUGUUUGUUAAUGUCCUAUUUGUCCACCAUGUUCACCUUCAUUUUAUUUAUUUAUUUAUUUAUUCAUUUAUUUAUCUGAAUUUUUCAGUUCGAAGUUAUAAAUGUAAAGGCGUGUCACUGACGUUUCCUGAUGAUGUCAUCUUUAUAGAAGGAACUGACCAAACAACAAUCUCAUUCUGAUUAUCUUCCGCUAAGUCAAAUCCUUCGCUGUAAUGCUAACCAGGUAGCAUAUUUAUUACCUCACGCAGAGAUAUUAGCUCGCUAGUUAUUUGGAAUAAACUAAUAUUACUGGUUAGCUUAUUAAAACACAACUAAUCUAGCAGUAGUGAACAAAUAGCCAGAGUUUUAUUGAUUAGCUUAGCUUGAUUAGCAUGAAACUGACCGUGAGUUACACGGCAUCCUUAACCAGAACCGUUUAGGAUGUUUUUCUUCACUCGUUUAUCUUCAUGCUAAAAAACCUCUUUAUCGCAUUUACAUAAGAAUGCUGUUAGAAACAAAAAAAAACCUCGGCUAAUCGUGUUUCUGCAUCAUUGCUCAGUGACAUCAUCAUACUUAUCUGUAUAUAUUAACCACAUAACUACAACAAGUGAAAUUAGCAUUAGCAUGAUUAGCACCAUUCAUCUAAUAAUUAUAUCCAUGGUAUUUACGCUCACCUAUCCGUCUGUUUGUUGGUCUGUCUGUCUGCGGCUCCUGUCUCACUUUGUCUGUGUGUCAUAGUGUUAUAUCAUUGCUUGUGUACUUCACAACCUGUUUAAAUACUGUUAUACACAUUCCUUUGUUCACUAUCCCCUUCACUACUCUAAUGCUAAAUCUUUCAUUUUGUCAAACCGUGAAACUUAGAGUAGGAGUAGUAGGGGAAGUGGACUAGGGGAGGAGUAGUAGGGGAAGUGGACUAGGGGAGGAGACGUAGGGGAAGUGGACUAGGGGAGGAGUAGUAGGGGAAGUGGACUAGGGGAGGAGUAGUUGGGGAAGUGGACUAGGGGAGGAGUAGUAGGGGUGGUGGACUAGGGGAGGAGUAGUAGGGGAGGUGGACUAGGAGAGGAGUAGUAGGG